GCGGUGUUUUCGUCGUCAUAAUAUGAUCAGCUAUGCUGAACACUCGGCGGAAUACAUAAGCACACUUACUCAAAAAAUUACAUUAAUUAUACAUCUGAGCACUACAAUAAAUAAGAGACGGUGUUUGGUCUCGAAAUAUAUUGAUAUUAUUCACAUGCACAAGCAUAAGCGUGCGCACGCCUUAAUCGAAAACGUAACUCUGCUGCCGUCGUGUCGUCGUCAUCGUCAGUCGCUCAUCCCGCGGCAUUAUACGCUCGGCAAUCCACGAAAUGAUCGCGUGCGAACGAUCUGACAACGACGACUGCGGCGGAAGCGGUGUAGAACAAUUCGACCCGCUACUUGCACCACAGCUACGAAUGAAUCAAGCGGAAUCAAGCGUUGGCGUCUCUGGUAACGGCUGCGUAGAACAAGCGCGAUGCUCGGGACUGGCCGACCGGUCCAUGUUAUUGCACGGCCUGUGCGCCGCCACCAUCGCUCUGGCCACUGUCCGUUUCCUUCCGUCAUUCACCACGUUGGCCAUGUGCCUGGUCGGCGUGUGCGUCCUAGCGCUGGCGCUUAGAAUGCUGUCGUGCAGCCUGUUCCGGUUUAGAGGACCGUGUGGCCACAGAUCCACCAAAGCAAAUGCCCACAAUAAUGAUGGCUGUCCCAGUAACGGCGGUCCAUCCGUUCCACAACGACGUCCGCUAGAACCGCUAGACACGCCGACAAGCGGCGGUGACGCGCUGUCGCUCGUCAAACGUGGUCUGCGAUUACUGAUGAGAGUAAUGCUAGGCGUCCCACGUUCACUUGUUAUUCGCCCGAAACGUUCCCGACGGUCAACGCGCCGAAGUCGCGACACCGCAAGCAGAGCCACCGUCACCGUCACCACCGUCACCGCCUGCAGCACCACCACCACGAAGUCCGUCGGGAUGGUUACGGUUUCUCGGGCCGGCAACGAUUACGUUCACCGCAGCCAACGUCAGUAUGCACCACCAGGGAACAGCAAUGACAGUAUUAUUACGUCAUAAUCUAAUAGAUUAAAAUUUUUAAGGGUUCUACGAUUGUAUUUGCAUCAAGAGAGUAUGCUAGUUGAUUCGUGGCGAGCUUUCAAUUUAAAAGGCAUAUCUGUGACAUUUUUUAAACAUUUAUGCCGAGUUCCAUUAGCAUACACUAAACCUGCAGGGUGGUCCAACCAGUGGCCCAAGGGCCGCAGCCUUUUUCUUUGGCCCUCCAACAAUUUAAUAAUUAUGAUAUUGAACAAUUGGGUUCUGAAAAACAAUUUCAAUCAUCAUAUCAAUUAAUCAAUUAAUUCUAAAUUCUAAUUAAUUCUCGAUAUAAGUAACUUAUUGUGUAAUGUAAUAAUAUGUGAAUUACAUAAAAUAGAAUACAAAUAUUAGGUAAUAAUAUAAUUUUGUUUUCUGGCAACCACCGGUGUUUUUUUUAAAAGGUAAAAUUUGCGCUCCAGCUACAAAAGGUUAGACCCCCUGCACAAAACAUUGAAUGAAUCGAGUGCCCCUAUAAUGUAUGCGCAGUCAUUAAUCCGCAUUAACUCGUUACUCAUUAUUAAGUGUUUAGGUUAUAAUAUAGUAGGCACGCAUUUAUAAAUUUAAUGAACUUGACUAAUAACUCGUUAAAGUUGAUAAAAAAUAUUAUAUAUUCCAUGAUGUACCCACCUAUAUUAUAAAAUUAUAAUUUAUUGCAGCAGAAAAGGUUAUUGCGCAACUUCAAAACCGUUUAAAUGCAUUUUUUAAUCGAUUCGGAAAAUUGAAUUAACUUUCUAAUGUGCAUCACGUUAAUAUCAUGUACAUACACUAAUAUCAUGUACAUACACAUACCCAACUCUAUUACUAGGGUCUAGGAUAAAGUGAAUUCGGAUUGAGUUAUUGCGCAUCAACAACUGCAAAUUAACUAAAAAAUGAGUGAGCUAAUGGCCGAAUAAUUUUUUUUAAAUGAAAGCAUAAAUAUUUUAUUGGUAUUACUACAAUCUUACCAAUAUCCAAGUUGUUCAAAAUAUUAUCUUUAAAACUGCAUGACUUUUGCUACACCUAAUAUUGUCCUAACAAUCGCAGUAACAAAAUGAUCAUCAAAAUAGUAAAAUUUAUAAAAAAAUAUGUAGAUAAUAUUAUAAUUGAUAGGUACGUUUCUGCAGCAAUCGAGCAAUCGAGACUGACCUAACCUAUAAGCAUAUUAGUGUAUUGAGGUUAGUACAUAGGUACAUAAGUACCCAUUCGGAAGUAAUUUAAUCACAACAUAUUGUAGGACAUAAUAUCAACAUUAUCAACUAUAUUAUAUUAAUAUGCAAUACCUUUAUACAGGGUGAUUCACAAAGCAUGAUAACCCCUAUUUUUCUUUUAAUAAUGAAUUUAUUCAAAUUCUGAGUUUUGGAAUUUUUAAACAUUCUCAAAGACCAUAUUUACAAAUUCUUCAAUUUUUUUUACUAUUAUUGAGGGAUGUCCUGUAAUGAUAAAAACUUCUAUUUUUCAAAUGAGAACCCUCCAUAAGUAACCCUUUACUGUAAAUUAAUUAGUGAAUAAUCUUUUUUUUAAUAUUGAUAUACCAUAUUCAAAAUUUGAAUGAGUAAUUUCUUAAUUAUUAAAAUGUUUAUAUUAAAGCUAAUAGCCCUUAAAACUGGUCUUACAUAAACAUAAAAUAGACGUAAAAUUGGAUCUUGUAUUUAUUUACAUUAUACUUGGGCCAUUUUUACAAAUUAUUAAUAUCGAUUGAUUAAUAUUAAUUACUACAAUUUUCAAAUCAUCAUAGCCCCAUCUUAUUAGUUAUUACUAAGGACCUUUUAUCAUUAGAACACAAAGUUAAAUAACUCGAAAACUGCUAUUACGAGUAUUGAUUUUGAUAAGUCAAAAAUUUCAGAAAAAUUAUCUCUUGUAUAGUUUAUAAAUGAAUAGGGGUGUUCUCAUUUGAAUAACAGAAGUUUGUAACUCCAAGGGACACUCCUUAAGUAGCUCAAAAAAUUUCAAGAAUUUGAAAAUAUAGUCUAAAG